GCGCAGUUGGUAGUUGGGGCCGUCAUGAUCGCGGGAUGGUUAUAGGUGCUCGUCGGCUUCAGAAAAGAGAAGCUCAGCAGUUGCAAGAACAAGGGGACGAGCUUAGGGAGAAGACAUCUGCCGAGGAUGACAGGACCGGCACUGGCGGCAUGGUUCUUCCACUUGCUGGUUUUCGUCGGCGGCGUCUCCGCCGCGGCGUUCUCGUUCCGCGUCCUCGCCUACCUCGCGCUCUGCCUGCGCCGGCCGAGGGACCUGCGCCGCCGGUACGGCGCGUGGGCAGUGGUCACCGGCCCGACGUCCGGCAUCGGCCGGUCCGUGGCGCUGGAGCUCGCGCGCCGCGGCCUCAACCUCGCCCUCCUCGACCUCGACGCUGCCAACCUCCAGGAGACCUCCGACGCGAUCACGUCUCGCCACACCGUGGAGACCCGGACCGUGGUGUUCGACCUCUCGCUCGUCGGCACCCCUCAAGGCGACGAGUCGAUGCGGCGGCUCCGGGCGGCGAUCGAGGGCCUGGACGUCGGCGUGCUGGUGAACAACGCCGGGGUGGCAAAGCCGGCGGUGGCGUACCUGCACGAGGCCGAAGUGGAAGCGUGGGUGAGGAUGAUACGGGUGAACCUGUGGGCGCUGACGGAGGUCACGGCCGCCGUCCUGCCGGGGAUGGUGGAGCGCGGCCGGGGCGCCGUCGUGAACAUGGGCUCGGCUUCGUCGGAGGCCAUCCCAUCCUUCCCACUCAACACCAUCUACGCCGCCACUAAACGGUACAUUUCAAAGUUCUCGAGGAGACUCUACGUCGAGUAUAGAAGCAAAGGGAUUGAUGUGCAGUGCCAGGCCCCGUUCUUCGUGGCGACCAGGCUGGUGCCGAGCGCCGUGCUAGACAACUGGCUCUCGCCGCUCGUCCCCACGCCGGACACCUACGCCCGCGCGGCGGCGCGCUGGAUCGGGCACGGCCCGCUGUGCACCCCCACCGCCGGCCACCAGCUCCUGUGGUGCCUCGCCGGCGUCCUGCCGGACGCCGCGCACGACUGGCUCCGCAUGCGCGAGCACCUGCGGCUGAGAGCGUUGUCCCAGAGAGUCAGGGCGGCGAGGGCGUCAGCAGCUGAUCGGGGAGAAAAAACGACGCGUGCCAAAAAAAUGAGUUUUUGAGUUUGGCUAAUGUGCUUGCUUGGCCUGCCGGAACUGAUAUGGUUGCUGCUUGACCCCAAACUGUGUGCAGCAGCUGUGGUUCAUUUGCCUCUCCUUGCCUGACAUUACAGAUUUACAGGCGGGAGAACAUAUAAUAUUGCCUGACAUGCAUUACAAGUGGGAGAACAAAUAUCCUUUCCAGACAUUACAAGCGGAAGAACAAAUAUCUAACCUGCUGUUCUUGCCUAUCAAGCUCACUCAAUGAUCCACACGUGUCCUGAAUACGCUUUGCCAUGCUCAGUUUUUAGAUAC